AUGGAGCUCGAGCAAGAGAGGAUCGCCUGCCUACAACAGUCAGUUCCUGACGGAUUCAAGCUGCGCAACACACUCAGCAUCGAUAGACAGAAGCCACGAAAGUACCGUAUAGUGCUGUACGCAAGGUCCAGCGACAGCACUGAGUUGAAAUGGCGGAGCGGCUGGAUCACGUCUGGAAAGCCACGCGGUCGCGACGCCAUCGCAGAGGGAAUCAUCCUCGACAACGUUACUGCUGCUGACUGGGAGGCCCUUCAAAAAAAGAGCUCAUCCGACGCGCCCAUGAAGAGCGCACCACCGCGGGAGCAGUGCGCAGCUAGAACCGCAGCCCCGGCCCUUGGUUCACUGCAAGAACCUGGUCUUGCAGGUGCGGAAAGAUCACGAGAUUCAAACUGGGGCGGACGACGUGACUACACCGGACGACCCGUUGGAUCGUUGGGAAGGGCUACCCGGCGGGCGCGUGCGUUGAGACUGCGCCAAGAACUACAGGACGCCGUUCCUGGGGCAUUCAACCUGUCUGCCAGCAGUCUGCAAGAAGUCGUGAGGGCUUGGAUAGAGUUCGAACCCGAGUGGGCCGAGGAGGCGAAGAAGAGAUACCUGAACAAGGGCACGUACAAUACAUCUCAAGCCGCAAAGAAGAUUAGGCGUGCGAAAGGGGCGGAGAUGAGAGCCUGGGUGCUCGCAAAAGCGGCGGACGAGUUUCGCGCUGAGAGUAUCGAGACGCUCGACCUCGUCGUGAAGGAUGCGGCGAAGUCGAUCAGCGCAGCAGCGGAGAUGGAGGAUGACACCGGUACGGAAGACAACUAUUUGUCCAACUAUCAGCUGGCGCACACGGUCCAGGUGGCCAUGACGUUGAUCCAGCUGUACACUCAGCAGCUCAACGGGGUCGACCGGAUGGAUGCACUGUCCAUCGCAGCAGAAGUUGGACGGAGAAGUGUUCCAACAGUACAGCUGUGGGAGCGGGAUUUCAUCGCGCGCGGACACAUCAAACCACCCGACACAGGUCGCUUCAAGCGCCGGUUUUUGCUGGAACUCGACGAAGGCAUCUCGAAGCUCGCGAAAGACUGGGUGCUCGAGAACUGCGGGAUACUGAGUGGGCAAGCCAACAAGACGGCGGAGGAUUUCCGUAAGUGGGUGAACGGCACCAUCAUGCCGAUGCUGGAGGCGCAACAAUCGGAGUACUUCGACCCUUUCCAAGGAUUGAGAAUAAGGCUGGUGGAAGGGAAGGAGAACGAGCCGCCGAAGCGCCAAAUCUCCCUUUCCACGGCAACGGAGUGGCUGAACAAGAUGGGAUGCGAAUACCACGACGGCAAAAAGGACGUGCUCGACAUGUUAACAGUUCUCUACCCUGAGCACAAGCCUGUAGGCCUGUUCGACUGGUCGUCCUGUCAUGACUGCCUGGAGGUCGGCGCACCGUCGGUGAAGAGAAUGAACUUGGGUGUCGGUGGUGUGAGGAACGGAGAAGAGCUUGCGCCGAUGGACGCCGUGACCAUCCUCGAAGACACCCCGAAGCUCCCAGCCGGCACGGUACAGCACUUGACGUUUCGGAGGGGGGACCCACCCCCAUUCCACUCCCCGCAUCUCCGGCCGGCCGAGUAUGUCGGAAAGCUGAAAGGAAUGCGGCAGGUCUUGUGGGAGAGGGGGCUCCUGGUCAAAGGCAUGACUAAGACCGGGGGCUCAGGCGAGAAGCAGGACCUAAGCAAGAGCAUGGAACACGUUCUAGGAGAGCAGAAAGACUUCAAGGAAGUUGAUUCUAGUCUGGUGCUGUUAAUGCAGCGCCACGGGGGGGGCUGUCUCAUGCUUCCAAAGUACCACUGCGAGUGUAACCCCAUCGAACUUGUUUGGGGACGAGCGAAGGACUGGACUCGCAAGAAUUGCACGUAUUCGUUGGAAUGCUUGCGCAAAAACGUGCCGCUGAGUUUUAGAUCAGAGAAGGAUAGGCAGGCUGUUUCAGUGGUCCAGGGCUACUGCAAGAAGGCAUACACACACGCCCUCAUGUACCGCGAGACGCGUGUGGAAGGGCCUGAAGGCAAGAAGACGUACAAGAAGUACAAGUCACACAGGCGCCCGACCCCGAAGGAAUGGAGACAGUAG